AUGGGCGCCGCUCGCUGCUCCCGGCUGCUGCUGCUGCCGCUGCUGCUGCUGCUGCUGGCGCCGUGGGGGCCGCGUGUGUCGGGGGCGCUCCGCUGGCCGCGGCGGCGCUGGCCGGUGCCCUACAGGCGCUUUGAUUACCGUCCAAAAACUGAUCCUUACUGCCAAGCUCGUUACACCUUCUGUCCCACUGGCUCUGCCAUUCCAGUUUUGAAAGAAGAGGAUGUCAUUGAAGUGUAUCGAUUGCAGGCUCCAGUGUGGGAAUUCAAGUAUGGGGACCUACUAGGACAUUUGAAAAUUAUGCAUGAUGCUGUGGGUUUCAAGAGCUCUCUAACUGGUAAAAACUACACAAUGGAGUGGUAUGAGCUCUUCCAGCUUGGGAACUGCACAUUUCCACAUCUGCGGCCUGGCAUGGAUGCACCGUUCUGGUGUAACCAGGGAGCUGCCUGCUUUUAUGAAGGAAUAGAUGAUGCACACUGGAAGGCAAACGGAACUUUAGUUCUUGUGACCACAAUAUCAGGAGCCAUGUUUAAUGAAAUGGCACAGUGGGUAAAAUACGACAAUGAGACUGGCAUUUACUACGAGACCUGGACAGUUCAAGCAAGUCCUGACAAAAAGUCAACAGUGUGGUUUGACUCUUACGAGUGCUCCAAGUUUAUACUGAGAACCUACCAGAAGCUAGCUGACUUAGGAGCUGUAUUCAAGAAGAUACAAACAAACUAUACAAGCAUAAUUUUAUUCAGUGGAGAACCUAUUUAUUUGGGAAAUGAAACUUCUAUAUUUGGACCACAAGGAAACAAGACACUGGCAGCAGCUAUAAGAGACUUUUACAAUCCAUUUAAACCUCAUCAGAGCGUCAGAGAGUUCUUUGUGGAUCUUGUCAAAAUAAUUGAUCAUGUUAUCUUGAAUCAUGAGUUUUACCUCUUCUACAACUUGGAAUAUUGGUUUUUACCUAUGAAGUCCCCUUAUCUCAGAAUAAUUUAUGAAGAGGUGCCUUUGCCUGUUGGAAGCAAAGUAUCCUUUGGUGUAUGAUUGCUGGCUGAAGAACAAAACUUGCCUUUAUGGCAGAAUAUUCUUAAGGAUUUUGGAGUGCUACCAUGAUGAUGUUAAAGGGUUGUAUGCUUCACUGCUGACUGUAAAAAAAUGUGUUGGGAAGGCUUUGCUGUACCAGGUGAAAGACUCUGCAUUUGUUUUCUUACUACCUGUGUAACACAUUUCAUGAAAGCUUUGGCAUCUCUGAGCUGUCCAACUUCUGUGUAACCAUGGUCCCCUGCUGCCUGCAGUGGCUCCUCUGGCUGAGCUGUGCAGCGCCAGAGGAGGAACGGGGAGGCAGCUGCCUGCUCUGGGCUCAGGUGCUAUGCACAUGCAUGCAUACAUGCAUGCCCAGGUUGCAGCAGAUGGCACCUGGCCACCAACAGAGGUGGCACACAAGCUACAAGGCCUAACUCGCUCAAUACGAGUGUCUUGAAGUGUCCAGUUCCUUCAACACGUGCCUUACACUGACGUUCCUGUAAUUCUUUGGCUUGUACAGCUGAGACCUAUGAACUGUUCUCUGGGAUUCUGGGGCAGUGAAUGUACUGGAGGAUGGCAUGGGUGAUGCUUUUUCACCUAUUGCUUCCUUCAACUGCACUGUAAACACAAUGCAUACAGAUGGCUCUUCCUCA